CAAAGAUAUAUGUUUGGAAGUGCCUUCAUAAACUGAAUCAGUUACAUUUUUGGAGUUUUCAUAUCAAAACUUUGCACUCCCCUAAUAUAUAAUUUUAAUCGUCAUGUGACAUGGACGAACGAUCUUCGGCCGUUCUUAAAGUCACUGAAAAAAGCAACGUAACUAUUUCCGGUAGGAGAAGUAGACGAUUGGUCACCAUGUGACUCAUGCACUAUUCCCUAGCAUUGUCACUUCCUAUACUCUGGAGUCACAACGACAAGACCAAUCAUAUCCGAUUGUUAUCAUUGCAGUUGAGUAAAUAUUGUCCGUCGGAGAGGAUUUCGAGACAGCUUGGUUAUUUAUCAGAGUUAAGAGUUUUCGUGGAAACUAGAAUAGCAUAUUCAUAAAAGAGUGAAAGAAUAGAAUAGUAUAUGCGGAAAAUGUGAUACUGUGUUUCAAAGGAGAUGUAUAUCUGUAAGAACAUGACAUGAACACAAGAAGAAGAAGGAGAACUGUUGUCCGGCCGAACACGAUCUCGACACGGUCGUAGUAAAGACAGCGUGUCAUAGCGUCUUUGCAGUUACGAGAGACGAGAGCUCACCCGACGCUUCCACCGCACGUCGUUGAUAGCGCUGCUAUUUCAUUUGCAACAUAGCCAGUUACAAGACGAGAGACGAGGCGAUGCUGGGUCUGGGUGGUGAUAGUAUAUACGUCUGAAAUGUAUAUCGACGGUAUACAUUUCCAUACACGAGUUCUUCGUACAUAUUAAUGAUGGAUCUCUCUUCGGCGCGAUUCAUGCACGUUGGAUGAGAAUUACGAGCCAGCGCAAGAAUUAACUGGAAGCCACGAGAUCACCGACAAAUACGUUGUUCAAUCGUGGAUAUGUCGAUAAAUUGGAGGACUACAAGACAGUGUUUAUUUGGGAAUGCAUGUUGAAUAUCUCGAAUAAUGAAUAUUAUCUUAGAAUCGCAGAGUACAGUUUUAGAAACAUACGACUGAGAGUAUAUAUGGAAUCAAAAUGGCACGCAAACGUAAAACUGAAGUUAAAGCAUCUGUAAAAUCAUCUCAUAGAUAUGUACCUGUACGUAAAUCUAGUAGACAAAUAGCCAAGAAGCAGAUGGAAGAAAAGAAAAAUGGAGAGAUUUCACAGACAUCUUACUUAAAUAAUUUCGACGAUUCUAAAUCUACUAAUGAAGAUCAAGUAGAUUCCAAAUCUACUAGUGGAAGUCAAGUUUCAUCAAGGAAGAAUCAAAAUUUGCAGAAGAAGCAUAAUAAACAUAAAGACACUUCUAAUAACAGUGUAACUAUAAAUGAUGAGAAUACUAUAUAUGAUGCUUCUCAAUGCAAACGAGAUGCAGGAGACAGCGAUAGCCAAGAUGACACAGAUAACAUAAUUGCUAAAUCUGAGAAACUUAGCCCAGAGGAUGUACGACAAGUUGUAGUUGGUAACACAAAUCCAAGUAAUGAAUCCUUAUCUGCACCAAUAUCAACAGAGAUGGAAGUGUGGUCAGAAGAUGUCAUAGAGGAAACAAUAAUUUGUGAAGAAAUGGAUGUGGAAGAAGAUGGUGCUAAUUUGCCGCAAGAUAAUGUUAUGGUUGAACAAGUACUGCUUGUGAAUGAACCUAAUCUGGAAGACAAGGAUUUUGUGGAAUUUACUGUGAUACAAAAUGAGGAUGGUACUAAGUCUAUGGUAAUGGCAUCUAAAUCUGAGAAUGUUUCAAAUGAUGAGUAUUGUGCUAUUCAAAGAAGUGUUAAUAGUAUGUGUACCAGUGCACCAGAAAAUUCCAUAUCAAUGAUGCAAACAAACGAAUCAGUGAUUUCAAGCAGUGAAAAUUGUAACAUUACAGAUCCCAGUGUAAACAAACCAUAUGUUAAUAAAAAGAAAACAGUAUUAGAAGAUAAGUUUAAUAGAAAACAAAAGAGUGGUAAAACAAUUUACGACAAAAUAAGAAAGGAAAUUUCAGAAUCAAUAUCUGAUAAAGUUCAAAUAUGUUCUGUUAAUGAUUAUUCUGGCUCCAGUAAUGAGUUAUUAGAAGAUAACUGCAAGUGGGAAAGCAAAGACUUACAAACAAAAAAUGUGUAUAAAGAUUUGUCAAAGGAAGACACAGUUUCCAAAUUGGAUAACAAAUUGGCAGAUAUGCAGAUAAGUGAAUGUUCAAAGGAAAUACAAAAAUUGGUGAAUGAUCUUUCUAGUGUGGAAAAUAUUGACUCUCCAGUACAAACUCCUUUAACUAUAGAAAAAUUGUCACCAGUAAAUAUUGAUGAAGAAAGCAGUUCGUCGAUAUUAGAUAAAAUGGAACAAUUACAUCAUCCAAAUAAUUCUGUUAGCUCUCACAUUACAGACAUAUUUUCAAAUGCUAUGGAGCCCAAUAAUAUAAUGAAAAAUGAAGAACAAGAUAUUUUAAAAUCUGAUUCUUACAAUGAUAAAAUACAAUGUACAGAUCAAAUUUCAUUGAAAUCGAGAAUCAUACAGGAUAAGAAAAAUACACAUCAGCAGAAGAACAUGGAACAUUUAGAAAUUAUUGAUGAAUUUCAAGACAGUGAAGGGGAUAACAAAGUUGAUAAUGAAGAUAUGAAGCUAUGCAGCAGCAGUGAAAAUAGUAACGACACACUUUUGUCACUAACUAAUUGUAAAACUCGGGAACUUGAUGUAAAAAAUAUAACAAACAAUGCAAAUGAUAUUGACAAAAGAGUUGAAUUCAGAAGUCGUAGUGGAAGCACUGAUACAACAGGUUCUGAAAGUGGCUCAAAUAGUUCGGGUGUAAGACGAAGUAGUAGAAUUCGGUCUAUUGGAUUAAUGAAACAAAGAUCACGUGGACGUGGCUUGGUUACAAAGCCUAACAUAGACACUUCAAAAGUAACUCUUCAGCAAGAAAAAGAAAAAGUAGUUAACAAUAUAAAUCCUGCAAUUACUCAGGAAAUAAAAGUAGAUAACUCCGAAGCGCAAUGUGAUAAGGAAAAUAGUUCUAACAAGAUAUCGACGUCGCUUGAUACUUUAGCUCCAUUAAGUACUAGUUAUAAUACCACAGGAUAUGAUUCUGAUUCUUCAAAGCCAGUUAAAGUAAAAUCUCGCUGGCGAAGAUCGAGUGAGCUGGAAAUGGGAAGUUCUAGUGCAAGCUUUGGAUAUCUUACUAGUUCUGUAUCAAUGCUUGGAUCAUCUGUUGCACCUUUAUCUGAAUUAGGACGUUCUACAUCUGUUAAUACAGGAGAAUCUACAUCUUCAGAAUCAAAGCAUAACAUUAUCAGCACAAAUAUAAAAACUAGUGUAGAAACAGAACAAGUCAAAGAUACGUUAUUAACAUCUAAUAAUGUUUCUAUUGCUUCAACAAUUGCACAAAAUCUAAAAGCUAUUGGAGCAAAGAUUCCAUUGCCAAUGGUUCUUGGAACAGAGGAUAGAGAAAUGGAAGAAAGACUGAGUCAGUUUGAGCAUUUACGUGAAAAUUUGUAUCUUACUGAAAGAUAUACAAAUAAGGAAACUAAGAGAAUGGUGUGUGACUGUUUCUUAACUGAAGAAGAAAUUGAGAGAGGAGAACUUGGUUGUGGAGAAGAUUGCCUUAAUAGACUCCUCAUGAUAGAAUGUGGACCUAGAUGUGUAGUAGGGGACAGAUGUACAAAUAAAAGAUUUCAAAAUUGUGAAUACGCUAAGUGUGAAGUGUUCCGCACAGAGAAAAAGGGUUUUGGAUUACGUGCUAUCGUUGAUAUAAUGGCAGGCGAAUUUAUAAUGGAAUAUGUGGGUGAGGUUGUAGAUCCGAAAGAUUUUAGACGUAGGGCAAAAGAAUAUUCUAAAGAUAAAAACAGACAUUACUAUUUCAUGGCACUAAAAUCUGACCAGAUUAUAGAUGCUACUAUGAAAGGUAAUGUGUCCAGAUUCAUCAAUCAUAGUUGUGAUCCAAAUGCCGAAACACAAAAGUGGACAGUAAAUGGGGAAUUACGAAUAGGAUUUUUUAAUAAAAAAUUCAUAGCUGCUGGUGAAGAAAUAACAUUUGAUUACCAUUUCCAACGUUAUGGGAAAGAAGCUCAAAAAUGUUAUUGUGAAGCACCGAAUUGUCGAGGUUGGAUAGGUGAAACACCUGAAGAGGAGAAGGAGAAGAUUGAAAAGAAGGAGAAACGCGAAAAGGAUACAAAGAAGAAGAAAGAAGAGAAGAAACCUGCUGAUUAUAUGGAGGAUGAAGAUUUGGAAGAAGAAAUAGAUAAACUGUGCUCAGGUGGUUUGAAGAACCGUGCGCACACAUUAACAUUAAGCAGAUUAAUGGUUCGUAGCAGAGAAUUAGAACACAGAACGCGUUUGCUACGUCUUAUACAAAGUGGCGUACAACCGUGUCGAAGAUUAUUUCUGGAUUAUCACGGUUUACGUUUAAUAUGGAGUUAUGUUAUGGAUAUCGCAACGAAUGACACAGAAGAAGCUCAACAGUUUCGCUUAGAAGUGUUGAAAACUCUAAAUACACUGCCAAUACCCAACAAGACGAUGUUAAUGGAUAGUAAGAUAUAUGGUGUAGUUGAGAAAUGGGCGAAAGGGUUAUAUCUUUCUCCAAAUGCCGAUUCUCCAGAAGAUGAUCAGGUUAAAUCAAAGACAAUUUGCGAAGACUUGAGCAGCAAUUCUGACAGCAACGAAAAGAAAAGCCCUGAGCACUUGCACGACAUUCCAGAUAAACGCAAUAACAACAUUGAAAAUUGUUUGGCAGUUAACGAAAUUAAAUUAGAAACUCCUGAACAAGCUCUUAUUCCCGAUUUAGCUUCUAGUCUUCUUGCCGAGUGGUCCAAUCUUAAAGAAGUUUUCAGAAUACCAAAAAAAGAAAGGAUUGAGCAAAUGAAAGAACAUGAAAGAGAAGCAGAUCGCGGGUAUAGAGAAGAACUGGAGAAAGAAGAUAAGAGAGGAACAUCUUAUGAUAGGCAUAGAUCUGAUAGAUAUACUCGAAGCGAAAUGGAGAAACGCGGUGACAGAAGACGAGGACGAGAAUCUCCAGAAACUGAACACAAUAGAGUAAAAGAAAAAAGAGUAGAAGAACGAAGUAGCUUAGUUCCUAUACCACGCAUGACAAAAUAUGAGCGUAGGCAAUUAUUUGCACUACAAGUCGCAAAAGAAGAAGAGGAAAGGCAACGUCGUCAACAACAAGAAUCGUGGCAAGAACACGAAAACAGAUGUUUGGCAUUGGGUAUAGACCCCCAUACCACUGCCAUGGUUGAUCCUCAAACUGGUUAUCCUGUUUUUUAUAAUCCGUCAUUAGGACAAUGGCAGCAUUAUUCCACUCAAGAAGGAGGAGAAGUAACGCAACAGUGUACUCCUAUAUAUGUAGGCCCUCAAUCUACUAAUAUAAUAGGGCAGACUUCUCAUGUACUACCAUCAUCAAUGACAACUGAUAUAUCGUCCGGCAUUACAAGUGGCAUUUCGCCUGGUGUGCCAUCAGUAGCUUAUUCAUUAAGUCAGACAACUGUGUUCAGUCAAACAUCAUCCUCCUAUUCUUUGAUAUCACACCCACAACCAUAUUCCGAAGGACAACUACCUGUUCCGAAUAGUUUAGUGUCUGUUCACGGUGGGACACCUCCUAUAUCAAUUCAAACACCUCUUUAUAAUCACCUCGAGAAGCCUGCUGAUCAAUUUACAUCUGCGGAAAAUCGACCGUCGCAACCUGAGGUUCCCCCAAUAGAUUUACCACCGAAAUGGAAGAGUGCAACAGACAGCAGAGGUAGAACAUAUUAUUACCAUGUGAAGGAAAGAAUAUCGCAAUGGCUACCUCCACCACCUGAUCAUAUUGGGGUACAACCAGACUCCUCGUCUACUUCGGAAUCUAGUGAAGAAUCUAGCUCGUCGAAUGAAGAUGAUGAAGAUCUCGAUGAUGACCAUACCGAGGAUCAAAGGAAUGACGAUAUGGAGACAAGCAAUGUUUCAACAGAAAGCCCUUCGAGCACAUCUAGGCCAAAUAUGUCUAAAAAGUUAAGUGGUCACAAUCUGACUGGAAGUUCACUGCCGUUUACCGAGCCUAAGAAAAGAAGAGAGGGGCUGGUACAAGAAAGAAUUAUUAGUCCACGUAGGGAAGAAGAUCGUAUCGACCACAAAGUUUAUAAAGAAAUAAAAGAAAAAUUACGGCGGCAGAAAGAGAGAGCAAAACUGAAAGAUCAUGUUGAGAAGUUAAGGAAACAUCGACGAAGUAAUAAAUCGAAAUCACAUUCGCGACAUGGAUUGAGCAAGUUGCAGUCAACAUCAGCCGAAAUGUCUCCUAUGUCUGAAAGGAAAAUCAAGGAUACAUUUAGAAUAAAUAUGGCUAAUGUAAUGGUGCACUUUUUAAAUCCAUAUAGAAAGAAUGAUUGCAAACAAGGUAGAAUAACUAAUACUGAAGAUUUUAAGCAUCUAGCUAGAAAGCUAACACAUUUUGUACUUGCAAAGGAAUUAAAACAUUGUAAAAGUGUCGAUGAAUUACAAUGUAAUGAAAACGUUAAGCACAAAGCAAAAGACUUUGUACGUAAGUACAUGAGUAAAUUCGGCGCAGUGUAUCAGAAAGGUACAGAUGAAGAUUAGCUGUGUAAUUUAUAAAACGAAAUUGUUAUUUAUUGCACGGGCUCUUUACUUUGUCUAUUAUGACAUAUAUUUAGGUAAUGCUCGUAUGUAGAUAAUACACAUUUAUAACUGCAUUAUUGUAAAAUAGGCAAGUUUGUAUAUGCGUGAUAAGCGUUUUCAUGAUUUAGCGGUUAAUAAAUUAGAAAAUUUUUAAUUUCCCAUAACUUUAUGUGUAUAUUUGAAUACACAUUCAUUUACAUGCUGACUAUGCAUGUUGUACCUUUUAUAAAUAUUGUAACUUAUAUGCCAAUACAGUGUAAAAUACAUACUUGGAUAGUUGUUUAAGAUACUACUUGACCUACCUUUUUCAAUAUUCAUCUUAUAGUAUAAAUAUUCAGCCAAUAUUUAUUUAU